GAGGCGGCGGGAGCCGAGCCCGAGCGGACCGAGCCGUGGCCGCAGCCGGCGGCGGGCGCAGAGGAGGAGGCGGCGGCGGCAGCGGCGGGGCGGGCCGCGGGCGGGCAGUCAGGCGGCGGCGGCGAUGCGGCGGCCCCGCUGAGCCCCCCAGCUCCGGGCGCCGGGGGCCGGCCGUGCGAGGUGGCCCGGACCGCCGGCAGCAUGCGGAGCGGCGAGGAGCUGGACGGCUUCGAGGGCGAGGCCUCGAGCACCUCCAUGAUCUCGGGCGCCAGCAGCCCGUACCAGCCCACCACCGAGCCGGUGAGCCAGCGCCGCGGGCUGGCCGGCCUGCGCUGCGACCCCGACUACCUGCGCGGCGCGCUCGGCUGCCUCAAGGUCGCCCAAGUGAUUUUGGCCCUGAUUGCGUUCAUCUGCAUAGAGACCAUCAUGGAAUGCUCCCCGUGUGAAGGCCUGUACUUUUUUGAGUUUGUGAGCUGCAGUGCGUUUGUGGUGACCGGAGUCUUGCUGAUUCUGUUCAGUCUCAACCUUCACAUGAGGAUCCCCCAGAUCAACUGGAACCUGACGGAUUUGGUCAACACUGGACUCAGCACUUUCUUUUUCUUUAUUGCUUCCAUUGUGCUGGCUGCUUUAAACCACAAAGCCGGAGCAGAAAUUGCUGCCGUGAUAUUUGGCUUCUUGGCAACAGCGGUGUAUGCGGUGAACACAUUCCUGGCCGUACAGAAAUGGAGAGUCAGCAUCCACCAGCAGAGUGCCAAUGACUACAUCCGAGCCCGCACCGAGUCCCGGGACGUGGAUGGGCGCCCGGAGAUCCAGCGCCUGGACACAUGAGGGCCCGCCAGAGCCCUCCCUCAUCCUCGUGCCCGUCCUUUCAAUCAAGUUUUCUUUCCUUCAUCAUGACAGAUACUCACGUGUUUAAGCUGAA